UGGCACUGUUGACACAUUCACUGUAAGAAACGAAAUUUUCAGUUUCAAAUUCUUAUUUAUGUUGGCUAUUACUUCUAUAUCAGAAUAUAUUCUGGUAGGCCAAAGCUUCUUUUAUGUGUUUGUAUACCUUUUCUGUAUAUGUUUGUAUACUUAUAAUCCCAUGAUAUAUAAUUUUCGAAGUUCAAAAUAAAAUCUGAAGUUCAUAAACCAAUCUGAAAAGGUGCGAGGCUUAUGACCAGCCUGUGCAGUCCACUGACCAUAAUAGACAAGAUAAAAACGCCGAUACUUGUAAACAAUAUGUGGUCACUCCCUUGUUGGCUAAUAGUCACAUUCUUGUUCUCUUCUACUAAUGUGGUUGUCACAUUCUUUUUUAUGAUUAUUUCCUUUAAUUGAGUCUGAUGUUUAUGGCAUUGUUUGUUUUGGGAGUGCAUUACCAUUUAGGACACUUUUUUCACUUUUUGACAUGUUUAGACACAUGUUGCUGGAAGGACACUUUCUAUUAUGUUUUGGUAAAAUCUGGACGAAACUGCCCUUCGCUGGGAAAUCUGAUUCAAAAAAGUAAUUGUGUCUUUUUUCUAUUUAGUUAGUGGGGACCAAAUUUAGUUGACUUUUUUUGGUGGAGUUAUGAAAGUAGGUUAAUAAAUAAAAUGAACAAUUUACAGCCAUUGGAUGUGAAAUAGAUUAAGAAAUCCAACGGUGGAAGACUAUUGCUAUUUCAAGACUUUAGUUAGUACGUUUAUAAAAGAAGAGAUUCUUAUCUGCCGUUGGAUAUGGAAGCAAAAGAAGAUCGUAGGGCUAAGGCAAUUUGUACUUUUUUUUACCCUAUCAUGUUUAAUUCAUUAUUAUUUCAAUUUCUAAUAUAUAAAUAAAUAUAUAAUAUCCAUAUAAAAAUUUAUUUAUUUUUUUCUUAUUAUUUUGAUAUCCAUAUCCAUAUAUUUUAUACUUUAAUGUUUAACUAAAAUUUUCAAAUUAUAAUUUAUUGUCCAUGUAUUUCGUGUACGUGGACAAAAUAAGUGUGGAUAAAAAAACUGUGGAUGGGAGAAUUGAUAUUGUGGACAAAGAGAUGUUCAUGUGAGUAACUGAAAUGGGGAUGGUUGUUUGUAGAUACAUAUCUUAGGGUGCAAUAUAUAUAUAUAUAUAAGUUUAUUUGAGUUGAAUAGGGUCUAAAGUGCACUAAUAAAAGUUUGUGGCUAAAUCAAAAGAACCUUUCUGCAUAUUUUAAGAAUCUUCGGAUGAAAGCUUGAAUAACCAAAAAUUCAGGCACCACAGUUGCAAAAACUCAUUUUGCUUUCUCUCAAACGAAUGAACCCACAUCAAAGUUUAUUGAUCUUCACGAAUUAAGAAUCAAAACAAUUUUUUUUGCUCAUGAUGACAACGUCUGGUGCAAUUUCAAAAGCUGUUGUUGACGCAUGCCUAAUACAAUAAUACCCACAAGCCAUUUGCAUCAAUUACUUGAAUCAUCAAAGAUUUUUCCAGAUUGACGGCCUGGUCCCAGCAAGAUCCCAUCAAAUCGCUGCAGAGACAAACAACUUCGUUUAACGACUUCAAUCUGCGGUCAAAUCUCUAAGCCUUUGUCUCCUCUACCGUGGAUUUCAUGUUUUUUCCACCGCUGAUUUCAUGUCUCCUCCGCCAUGUAUCCUCCGCUGCAGGUUUCAUCGGUGAUGAAAAAUUCUCUAAUCGGAUUUGGCUCUUGUCCACGUCCAUCUCCCAAAGCUUCUCCAUCAAAAAUUCACACACCGUAAGUUCUGGUAUAAUCUAAGAGGCGAGGAGUCAUGUGUCUUCUCCAUCAAAAUCUCACACACUGUAACCUCUGAUAUCGUUUACAGUAGGGAUAAAGGUGAUGAGAGAGGAAUUAGGGCUAGGAGAGAAAUCAAAUUUGCGGCGAGACCUCUAGAAUCAUGGAGAUUAUGAAAUUGAAGACGAAGGAGAAGAGGUUAGGAAAUUAAGAAAGUGAAUCUGAAUUUCUAAAGAAAUAAAGAUGGAGAGAGAAUAAAGGUUCUGUUUUAGAAUAAAUGUUCCGUUUCGAAAACUCAAAAAAUGUUUGGUUUAUCAAUUUAUUUUUAAAACAAAAAACAUAAAAUUCUUAUAGUUGGGAUUUGGAAAAGUGAGAUGAGUUAGAGUUAGAAGAGAGUGUAGUUAGUUAGAGGGUAUGUAGGACAUUGCACAAGGAAGAAGUGUGCCUCCAGCAACAAGUGUCUUAAUAUGUAAUAUGAAAGACAAAAAGUGUCUUAGAGAGUAAAAAAUUCUUGUUUUGGAUGGGUUUGAUGACAGACAAAUUUUUUAAAAUGGUCAGAACUCAGAAGGCAACACAACGAAUAGGUUGCUGAGUGGGGCUGCGUGCCUUUUUUAAAAAAAAAUUGUAAGAUUAUGAAAAAGUUGACAAGAAAAAAAAAAGAUUAGAAAAUGUACUUUUGUUAUUUUAAAGAGGAUGUACUGUUUCAAAAGAAACUAUUUAGAGAAGAGUUGGCAAAAACAAUUUCCUUGCUGACGUGAUUCAUUUAAGGCAAGACAAUUUUAUAUGCUUUGGAUUAUAAAAACAGAAAAUUUUGUCAGUUGGAUUGAAACUUUUUAUUCCUAUAAAAAAGAUGAUGUCAAGGAAUACAAAAUUUUGGUUUUAUGAAUACUUUCAAGUACAUAGCUGGUGUUUUUUUUCCUAAUGAUGUAUCUUUUCAAGAUAUAUUAUAAAUAAUUCAUGUUCAUAAAUUUCUUAUUGUAAAUCUUUCAUAAAUUUAUUAAAAUGGCGAAGAAGAAAAGUUAUGUGCAUUAACCUGGUUACAAAUAUGUUGAAGAUAAUCAGACGAAACGUUGCUAUGAAUCCGGUUUUACGAUGCGCAUUUGAGCAGUGUCCCAUUUUCGAUGUCAAUCUCUCAGGAGAAUCUAUCUAUUUUAAUUUUUUUAUGUUUUUAAAUUUUAUUGUUGUCAUCAAAGAGGAUGGAUAAUUCCCUCUAUCUAUUGUACGUUUGAAGUUUAAGAUAAUGAAAUGGUUUGACAAAACAAAAUACUGAAUUUAUUAGUCUUACUCUUCAACUAAAUGAAAAUGUGUGUUUUUCUUUCUUACUAAUUUUGCAUUUGUAAUAAUGUAUGUUGCAUGAAACAGAUUAUGCAUGUCUUAAUAUAUUCAUGUCCUAAAUAUUCUUACACUUGGGUUAUAUAAGAAUGUUUGAUAAAGUCACAAAAGCCGGUAAAUUUUAGUAAUAUAAUAUUCUUAUCAAUCGUUGACAUUUUAUUUGAGUUGAUAUUUUUCUUUACAAACCCAUUCAAUGAAUGUAUUUUUUUUUUCUCUUACUCUUUUGGGUUGUUUCAUAUUAGUGACAUCAAUAAUCACUGUCAAUAAAAGAAUAUAGUUAUGUACAAAAUAAUUUUGUAACAUGUGUAUUUUCUCUGAAUUAAUUCUAAACUAUUUUCAUAAAAAUUUAUUUUAUAAAAUAUAUUAUAUUUAUUUUUAUGAAAUGAGUUACCGUGCAAUAUCGCACGGGUUCUUUACCUAGUAAUAAUAAUAAUAAUAAUAAUAAUAAAAAUUUAUGUUUUGUUUAUGCAUAAAAAUCAAACAAAAGCAUUUAUUAUUUAGUGAACAAAAAAACAUUUAUUAUUUGUUACAAAAUAAAAUGUAAGUAGUAAGAUAUUGAUCUCAUUGUAGUUUUAUAUUUUUUUGGGUUUUAAAUGUUUUAAAUUUUACGUCUUCCAUUCUUCCUCAUUCAACGUUUAAUUUUCUGUGUAAGGAAAAUGUUAAUUUUCCAUAUAUAUAAUUUGUUUUGGCGCCGAAUAACAUUACUUUACCCAAACCUGUAAAACUGAUGGUAACUAGAUAAAUAUCAAAUCUGCAGAUUUUUUUUGGGGAAAAUUACAGAGAAUACGCAAAAUAUAUCUACUUUUAAUAAAAUGAUCUAAAUGUGAUCCCUCGAUCUCCGGCGUUUUGUAAGCAAUCAUACCAUCUACAUGUAUACUAUGCAUAAAAAAUCACAAACAUUAGAAAUAAUCAGUAAUACUCCGUAUAACAAGAUCUGAAUUGGCGUAUCCGAGCGGGUCAUGCUUUCAAUUUUAUUAAAAAAAUAAAUUACAGAAAACAUGUACUUAGAUUAGUUAUUAAAAUAAUUAUAUUAUAUAUAUGCAUUCGGUUGGGCAGGUUCUGAUUAAAAAAAAAACAUAAUUAAUAGAUAUAUCUAAAAAAUGUUGGUUUGUAAAGAAAUAAAAAUAUAUAAUUAAAAGUGUUGGUUAUUUUAUUUCCUAAACGCUCAAAUUAUAAGGAAUGAAUAAUUUAAUAGAUACAUGUGGGGUAUAACUAUAUAGUAUAAGGAUAUAUUUAAUUUAAAAUCUUAUAAAAAAAUUGGGUCCAAGUGAAUGUUUUUGUUUUAAUAAGAGAAAUAUAAUAUGAGUUUUACUUCUUUUUUUGUUUUUAAUGUUUAUUUAUAGAAAAUUUAGAAAUGAAUAAUCUUAUUAUAUAGAAUCAUUGAAAUUUUAUAUUGGCAUAUAUGCAUAAUUGAUACACGAAUUGAGGCAGACUAGCAGAAUAUAUUAAUGUUUGAUUUCUUUGUAUUCUCAUCCCAUAAACGGCAAAACUUCUAUCUUGACAAUGUUAGCUAGGUGAGUAGUAUCAUGUAUGAAUAUGUCUGGUAAGUAAGAAAGAAAUGUAUCUUUCAUAAUAAAGCAAUAAGAAAGAAAUGUUGAACAGAAAAGAAAGACUUAUUUUUGGGUUCACCCCCUAAGGUGAACCUCUAGGUUAACCAACCAAUAGGAUUAUGUUAUUUCAAAUUUGAUAUUUUUUAUAAAAUGAAACAAAAUAUUAUCAAGUUAUAUUAUGUUUUUAAAAUAAAACAUAAUAUAAUCACCCAAACAUAAAACAUAAUGUAAUUCCUAGGGGGUGAACCCAAGAAUGACUCGAAAAAAAAUUAACAUAUGAACUAACAAAUGCAUGAUGACAAAUGCAUGAUCCACGAACCCCAAGAAUACAAUAAUAUGACAGAGCCGGCUGCGGAUGGUACAUCGCCAACACUGAAGGAGACACUUUACUACAAGGGUCCUGCACUUUCAAGUUUAUCUCAUCGGCCCUGAUGGCGGAAGGCCUUGCUAUCCGGUCCGCUCUCAUCCACGCUGCAGAAGCUGGAUUUCUCACAAUCUGCAUCAAGUCAGACUGCCAGGCGCUCAUUGCUGCCUUAUCCUCGAAGUGCCACUCGAUUGAGCUCUACGGAAUCAUUCGGGACAUCGAGACUCUAUCUUUUCGCUUCUCUUGUAUUUCCUUUAGUUUCAUUCCUAGCUCCUUGAACUGUAGGGCUGAUACCUUAGCCAAAUCUGUACUGCACUCUCUCCCCAACUAGUUUUGGUUGGAAGGUUUUAUAAUAGUUUGUGUUCAAAAAAAAAAAAAACUAUUUAGUGUUGAGUUUUUGACACGAAGUCGACAUGUAUAAGAAAACUAUUUAUUAUUUUUGACAUUAGUUUAUAUAUAAGAGAAUUAUCACUCAUACCACAAGCCACAGUUUAGGGUGGGAAGAAAAGGGAGAAUGAUGAAACUCUUCUUUGUGUUGGCGAUAUCAUUUGCCCUUCUCUUAAGCCUCUUCGAUUCUUCUGGCGAGAGUCCAAAACAUGGAGAGUCAAUGUUGACAGUUCAUUUCCCUGACUUCCAUCUGAUUCCUACCACCGGCGCUUUGGGACCGGAGAGUUUCGCCUUCGAUUUCUACGGCGACGGUCCAUUCACCGGUUUAUCUGAUGGUCGAAUUGUUAAGUGGAUAGCUAAUGAGAGUCGUUGGAUGGAUUUCGCCGUCACCACGCCAACAAGAGAAGGUUGCGAGGGCCCGCACGAGCACCAACGAACGGAACAUGAGUGUGGUCGACCAUUGGGCCUGGCCUUUGAAAAAUCCACUGGUGAUCUUUAUAUUGCCGAUGCUUAUAUGGGACUUCUUAAAGUUGGUCGACAAGGUGGUUUAGCCAAUCAAGUAUCUACACGUCAGCUGGAUAAGCCCCUUAGGUUUACCAACGCUGUGGAAAUAGACCCACGGACUGGAGUUGUCUACUUCACAGAUAGUAGUUCGGUUUAUCAACGAAGGAAUUAUAUAGGUGCAAUAAUGAGUGGGGACAGAACCGGUAGAUUGAUGAAAUACGAUCCAAAAACGAACCAAGUGACAACUCUUGUAAGCAACCUUUCGUUCGCAAACGGCGUCGUUAUGAGCCAAAACGGUGAUUACCUUCUCGUGGCAGAGACUGCCACAUCUCGAAUCCUACGCUACUGGCUCAACGACACGUCGGUUUCUAAAUCUCACGAGAAGUAUGAGAUUUUCGCGGAGGGGCUGCCUGGGUUCCCCGACAACAUAAAGAGGAGUCCACGUGGUGGAUUUUGGGUAGGCCUGAAUACAAAACACUCAAAGCUGACAAAGUUCGCCAUGUCGAAUGCCUGGCUAGGACGCGCCGCUUUGGGCUUGCCGGUGGACUGGAUGAAAGUUCAUUCGUAUUGGGCUAAGUACAAAGGGAACGGGAUGGCCGUGAGGUUGAGCGAAGGUAGUGGCGUAAUAUCGGAGGUUUUCGAGGGUACAAUUGGAAAUAAGUGGAUCUCUAUAAGUGAGGUGGAGGAGCAUGAUGGAACUCUAUGGGUUGGAUCGGUGAAUACUCCCUACACUGGAGUUUAUAAAAUCUAAACAAAUCUUCAAUUGUUAUUCAUACAAACAUAUAAUGAUACUUUCUACAUUUCAAUUUAUUUGAUGUUUAAGAUUUUUUUUUUUUUUGCAAAAUAAGUAAUGUUCUCAUUGUUUUAAAUAAAAAUUUAAUGUUUUUAA